AUGAUAGGACUUCGGAAAGCGCUAUAUAAAUGUGAUAUUUGCGGUAGACGCUUAAUGAGCGCUAAAUCUUUAAAACACCAUCAAGAUUUGGCUCAUAAAGAAAGAGGAAAAAGGAAAUAUGCGUCCAAUAAGGGCGCUGUUAAGAAAAAAAAGAAUGCUUGUCGGGCAAAGAUUGUAUUUGGUAAAGUCAAAUUAUCUGGAAGGAAAAAAAAUAUAUGUUCCCGGAGAGAAGCAGACACCAAAGCAACGGUGAAGGACGGUUCUGCAGCAAUUUUAUCCAAUCCUGUUGAUGUGUCAAAUGUAGAAUAUGAAUGUCCAAUAUGUAUGAAAAUAUUUCCUGCAUAUUUUUCUGCAAGUAUGCAUAUUCAGAAAAAUCACUGUACGCAAGUUAAAUAUGUUGCUAAAAGUAAGGCAAACACACGAAAGUUUAAGGAUAUGUUGGAGCCACUUUUGAAAGAGAUUUGCAUGAAAUGUAACCAAAGAAUAUCUGCAACAGAGUCCCAUCAAUGUUUUGACACUGUAGAAGAUGAGGAGAUGAAAUCAAAUAUGAGCUAUAAAUGCUCUGGAUGCAAUCAACAGUUUAUUAGCUUGUUAUUAUUUGACCUUCAUAUCACAAAACUGCACAGCAAUGGAGUGGAGACCAUGUUCAUUCCAAAUGUAGAUGAAUUUCUUGCUUGGAAAGGGGGAGUGGAGAAGAAAACGAAAGUCAAGUAUGCUUUACUAGAAAAAUAUAGGUCGAAGGAAAUCUACCAUUGCACAUUCUCACCGCAUGAUGGUAAUUUUUACGAUGAUAACACGAUAUACUGCUGCCCUGCCACAAUUUCUGUUCAAAAGUUCUCUGAAGGUUUACAAGUUCGAUUCUAUAAAGAACAUUAUGGUCACGUUUGUGAACUCUAUGUUAUAGCCGAGAAAUAUAAGAAAUAUUCACUAACGUCAUUACUUCAAAAUACAGAUGUGUAUGCAGCAAUAGAUAAACCAAAUGUAAAUAAAAAGGAUCUGUAUUUCCAAUUUCAAAGGCUCAUGGAGAGUAUUGUAGUGAAUGCUGGUAAAUUAAAUGUUGAAGCGCUUAAACUUUUGUAUGGUAGAGCUCUGGCAAUGACUACUGUGUUGAAGAAUUAUAUAGAGGAUACAGACUUAAGUUCUUCGUUCAUGGAUAAGGUUAUAGAGAAUAAUAUAAUUUGGGAGCUUGGAAACCUUGGGAAUAACCAAGGUAAAGAAAAUAAUACAUUGUUAUUUCCUAAUGAAUCAACGAAUCCAUCCAUUUUGAGACAAUUUGGAUCACCAUCAUGUAAACAGACCGAUCAGAGUAUGCCAUCUCCACAAAAUGUAAUGUUGAUGUCUGUCUUCAAUGACCCAAAUAUAAUUAGCAGAUGUUUUAAUACACCACAUAAACUCGCCGACCAAGAUGAGCCAAUUCCGAAAAAUUUGAUUUUGACGUCCAUGCUUAAUGCCCCAAAUAAAUUUAACGAAUGCCUUAAUUUAACACAACCAGUCAUGAGUAAAACACAAAGUGAACUGAACAGCAAAAUAGAACUUAAUAUGGGAAAAAUAUUAAACAGUUCGACGCUAGAAACAUCUUCUAAUAUGACUUCAACUGUGAAUACUAAAGAAAUCGGAUAUGUGCGGGCACCAGUUUCUCAGAAUCCGUCAAACAUGUCAGUCGUCGUUUGCAAAGAAUUUGGCAAAGACAUGUAUGUGCAAGCACUACCUUUAAACGUGCCACCUGUUGUUGCUGGCAAAGAUAUCAUAUAUGUACCAGCAGCACCACUUUUAAACACGUCGAACGCGGCAGCUGGUGUUGCAGGCAGAGAAAUUAGACAAAACAUAACAAGCAGUGUUGUAAAUGCUAAGAAUAUUGGACAAGUGGCAUCACCCUUACCACCAAACUCGCAAAUGGCCGCAAGUUCCAAAAGGAUUGGACAGGUUUCAGAAUCAGAACCUUCGAAAGUUAAAGAAAAGAAACUUGGACCUGCAUCAUUUAGUGACACUUAUAAAGAUUUUGUGUCUAAAUAUUUCUAUAAAUGUCCUAGGUCUACUUCAAAUAAGAGAACUUAA